GAAGAAAUGAAAUGAUUCUCUGUGAAUUUUGAGGUUAUGGUAAUGAGAAAAAUCUUGUGUAAUGGGAAUAAAGGGUUUGCUAAUUACUGUGUGUAUUGCAUAAAAAUGCUGGAUUUGUUUGGGAUUUUUGAUUGUGAAAAGCUUUGGCACCAGUAGAUUAAGGUGUAGAACAAUGCGAGGCGCAGUUCAUACACAAGUCGGUAGCUUGGAUUAUUCGACGAUUAAUCACUUUUUCAAGGAUAGAUAGGAGUAUUGUCGAAUAUUUGGAAAUCAUCUGGGGACUGUGUACUUAAGCUAUUUUCACUAGUAUAACUCCUAUGCUAUCAACUGUAAUACAAGGGAUGGGUUCAAUCUGCAGCAGACACGGCCAAUACAAUGAAGCCGAUACCGAAGAAAAUGCACAGGCUGCAGAAAUCGAGAGGCGCAUAGCUCAAGAAACAAAGGCUGAGAAGCAUAUUCAGAAACUACUACUACUUGGGGCUGGAGAGUCUGGGAAGUCUACAAUCUUUAAGCAGAUUAAGCUGUUGUUCCAAACCGGCUUUGAUGAUGCAGAACUGAAGAGCUAUACCUCUGUUAUCUUUGCCAAUGUGUAUCAGACAAUCAAAAUAUUGUAUGAUGCUUCAAAGGAACUUGCGCAGAAUGAAUCAGAUACUAAGAAAUAUGUUUUAUCUCCCGAAAAUGAGGGUAUUGGGGAAAAGCUAUCAGAAAUUGGAAGCCGGCUAGAUCAUCCACGUCUAACUAAAGAGCUUGCUCAUGAGAUAGAGACUUUGUGGAAGGAUUCUGCAAUUCAGGAAACUUAUACUCGUGGAAAUGAACUGCAAGUCCCAGAUUGUGCCAACUAUUUCAUGGAUAAUUUGCAAAGAUUAUCUGAUGUGAAUUAUGUCCCAACAAAGGAAGAUGUUCUAUAUGCAAGAGUUCGCACGACUGGUGUUGUUGAAAUACAGUUCAGCCCUGUCGGAGAGAACAAAAAAAGCGGUGAAGUAUAUAGACUCUUUGACGUUGGUGGCCAAAGAAAUGAGAGAAGAAAGUGGAUCCAUCUGUUUGAAGGCGUCACUGCUGUAAUUUUCUGCGCUGCAAUUAGCGAGUAUGACCAGACUCUCUUUGAGGAUGAUAACAGGAACCGAAUGAUGGAAACAAAGGAGUUAUUUGACUGGGUUCUGAAACAGCCAUGCUUUGAGAAAACAUCCAUCAUGCUGUUCCUCAACAAGUUUGACAUAUUCGAAAAGAAGGUUCUAAAUGUACCGUUAAAUACAUGUGACUGGUUCAAAGAUUAUCAGCCUGUCUCAACGGGGAGACAAGAAAUCGAGCAUGCAUACGAGUUUGUGAAGAAGAAAUUUGAAGAACUGUAUUUCCAAAGCACUGGACCUAACCCUGUGGACCGGGUGUUCAAAAUUUACAGGACAACAGCUUUAGACCAAAAGCUUGUAAAGAAAACAUUCAAGUUGGUAGACGAAACCUUACGAAGGAGAAAUCUUCUUGAGGCAGGUCUAUUGUGAAAGUGGAACUGAUGAUUGAAAAUGGUAAAGUCACUUGAAGAAGUAAAAACAUACAGAGACGAGCUUUCCGCUACAAAUUUUUGCCAUCAAAGUUCAAAUUGAAGGUCACAAAAUCAAGCUCAUUUCCAAGUUCACGAGUGUUUAUAAUUAUUCGUAAACACUUAGUUUCAGUGAUCACGGACUAUUCCAUGGCAUUUUCUCUUCUAAGUUUUCCUUUUUUUUUUUGUUUAGGUUAUUAAUCUAGCAGGGGGAUAUGGUAUAGAUGGCCAAUUUAUGUAUGUAUUCUUUAAACAAAAAGGAACAUGUUGUAUUCAUUCCUAUUGUUGUAGUCUAUUAUGUAUAGGGACUUGUUAAUGAUCUUCGGUUCGAAGCUCUGAACUUACACUGUAUUGUUGUAACUUUGUACAAUACACUUCUAUGUGCAGUU